GCCAGUGCAGUGUCGCCAGUUCUUUGUGCAAAUACUUACCGAUGUUUCGCACUUUCUCGUCAAUAACUUUGAAUAUCGGCGUGGAUAGUUUCUGUUCUUUCAAAUAGUUUAUUAUUCUUUAUAAAGUAUGUUUGGUCACAGUAUUAUUUCUAUUUCAAUAUUUACCGCACUUCUUUUACACUUGGGAAGUUUUUAUACGUUAGUUGAGUCUUAUGUCUUGCCGGAGCCAACGAUUGAAAUUUUAAAACCGCAAGGAAUUCGUGUAUCUAUACCGGACGAGCCAGGAUUGCAAUUUUUUGCAUUUCAAGGAAAUGCAAAUAAAGAAAUUGCAAAGGAUCAGUUAGGAGAUAUAUCAGGUGAAGUAUACAAAAAGAAAGAUGGAAAAUGGACUAUUCAAAAUCAAGAUGUAUAUUUACGUGAUGGAGACGUUAUACAUUACUGGAUCCAUGCGCAAGUUGACGGGAAAACAUAUAAGAAAAAUAAAACCUGGUCGAUUACAUCUAAUAAGCAACAAGCUUCAAGUACAAAUGAAACGACAACAUCUGCUGGUAAAUUAGUGCUUGAUGAAAACUUUAACCAUCUGAAUACAUCACUAUGGAGCCGUAUUAUUCAAAUUCCAUUAAGUCCGGACUACGAAUUUUGCGUUUACCACAAUGAAAAUCAUCCAUCUUUAGUAAAAAUUGCAAAUGGAAUGCUUCGUAUUAAACCAAUAAUUUUAGAAGACAAUUAUGGUGAAAAUGUAACUGCAUAUGGAACACUGAUACUUAGUGACUGUACCAGUAAUAUUCCGGUAGAAUGUUCGCGUAAAGCAAUGGCGUACAAUAUUUUGCCACCUAUAAUAUCUGCAAGAUUAAAUACACUAAAUAGCUUCUCCUUUCGAUAUGGUAAAAUUGAAAUACGGGCAAAAUUUCCUGAAGGCGAUUGGUUAUAUCCAGAAAUGUGGCUUCAACCAAAAUACAACAAUUACGGUUUUGGAUAUUCUAGCGGACGUGUUAUCCUCGGUCUUGCUCGUGGAAAUGAUAAUUUAGUUAAUAUCACCAAUAGAAGUGUCUUCGAUUCACGAAGAUUAGACUUUGGUUUCAGGAUACAACCAUCGGCAAAAGUUGAAGAUUACAUUAUUUCUAAAAUACUAGAAAACGGUCCAGGAUGGACGAAAACUUUUCAUGUUUAUACAACGAUUUGGAACAGUGAUGGAUUUCAGUUUUUGGUUGAUGGUGAAAAAGUUGGUAAACUGAAUCCUGACACAAAUGGAUGGUUUGGUAUGAAGAAUCUUGACAAAAUGGCUCCCUUCGAUCAAGAGUUUUACAUCACUAUUGGUCUAGGAGUUGGUGGAGUUCGGGUAUUUCCCGAUCAAACAACAAGCUCAGGAUACAACAAACCUUGGAGGAAUGUUGGUGCUAAGGCAAUGUUACAGUUUUGGUAUAAGAAAGAUCAAUGGCUGCCUACAUGGAAACGAGGACAGGGUGAAACAACAACCUUCGUUGUUGACUAUAUUCGAGUAUGGUCAUUUUGA